AGCAGUACUGUACAUCGGUACUGAUUCGAAACCCUAAAUGUCAGCCAUCAAUAUUGGCAAUUCCGCAUUAAGUGCAAUGCGCCUCUGCUGCCUCGGAUCAGAUGGACACGCGCGUUCCUCCUUCCGUUAAUCCCGUGCUGCUCCUGCGCCUCUGCUCUGCUCUGCGCACGCGCAUUUCAAAUCCCCACCUCCUUCCUUCCGCCAGACCUCGGAGCAGAGCACAGCAGCAGUCUGGGCAGAGCAGGGGUACGCCGUCCAGGUAGGAGGAGAAGGUGAAGCGUCGGGCGUCGGGUGGAGGCCUGGAUCGAGAUGCACGCGUGCUUCCAUGGCGGCGGCGGCAGCGGCAGGACCAGGACCAUCAGCAUCAUCAGGGACCUCACCAAGAACAUGAAGGCCAUGUCGCUCAAGGUGAAGCCGGGCGGCGGCGGGGCCAAGGCGCGGGCGCGACGGCGGCGUCGACAAGGGAAUGGUGCGGAGGCAGAGGAGGACCUGGAGAUGCAGGACAAGGACAUCGCCACGGCGGCAUCAACGUCAGCGUCCGCCAAGAUCGCGCCGGAAGAGGAGCGAGGAGGGAAGAGACCUACGCGAAACUGCGACAACUGCCGAUCUGCCCUGGCCGACGUCGCCGAGGAGGAUGAGGAGGGGGAGGAGGAAGGCACUGCGGCGGGGGCCGCGGAACGUGCCGCCGGAGAGGAGGAGGGCAGCGACGGGGAGUGGGUGGCGGAGCCGGAGCCCGGGGUGCUGAUGACGCUGGUGUCGCGCCCCGACGGCACCAACCACCUCCGCAAGCUGCGCUUCCGGGAGGAGCUGUUCGACGGGCCGCGCGCGGCGCAGCGCUGGUGGGCCGACAACUACGACUGCAUCGUCGAGCUCUACAGCAUCGUGCAGUCCACCGGAGGGUCGCCCGACGACGGCGUGGAGGACGUCGCGGAGGAGGACGAGCCCGCGACGCCGUGCCAAUCCGAGGACGACCACCACCACAAACGGCGGCGGUGGCAGCGCCUUGGGUGCGAUUCGGCAUCCACCUCCGGUGGCCCGUCCAGCGGGAGCGGAAGCGGCAGCGGCGGUGGGUCGGCCAGCACGGUGGGCUCACCCAUACUGGGCCUCGUCGUCGCCACGCCCAACAGUAGCAAAAACAAAAGCCCUGGACCACCAGAGCGAGUGCAAUCGCACAAACACAAAUGUCGUUCCUUGCACAUAAAUUAGAUAGAAAUACUAGGUUUUUUUUCUAUUUUUCUCAAGGCGUCCUUGCCAAUUAAUCUUGCAGAAACAGAUUUAAUCACGAGGUUACUAGCUACAUUUAUACUGAUUCACUGGUUUUCAACAGUAGCUCGCUGUGUGUUCCGAUGAUUUCACCUGCACACAUCUGUAGCUCUGUGUACUGCAUCCUGU